GCGAACGCCUGAUUAUGAGGCACGCUGUAGUGGAGGGCUCCGGAAAUUUCGACCAUGUGAUGUUCUUCAGCGUGCGCUACCAUCUCACAGCACGCGGGCCUCUUCUCGUUACGCCUCCACCGAACAGCGACCGCCGCGGCCGGGAUUUAACCCACGGGUAAGCAGCAGAGCACCGUGACCACUGAUCCACAGCGGCGGAGACGUCGGACCUUUUACUAUCGUCAAGAACCACUACGAAGAGCUCCUCAUCGCGGAGUGACGCGAGACGGCGGCACCGCGGCUUCUCCAUGACGUCACCUUGAAUGGUGGGAGCACAGGGACGACAGCGGUGGGAGGGCGACGAGCUGUCAUCUUUGGAUACCCGUAUUAUUGUGGUCUGCGCUCCGAGGACCUGGUGGCUGGCAUGCGAGCAUAGCCCCUACGCGCAGAGGCCCCAUGCCGCGCGAAAUGAACGGCCUAUCGUUGAGCGAGCUGUGCUGCCUGUUCUGCUGCCCGCCCUUCCCAGCGCGGAUCGCGGCCAAGCUGGCGUUCCUGCCUCCGGAGCCAACGUACUCGCUGGUGCCCGACGAGACCGGCACCAAGUACACGCUGAGCCUCAGCGAGCGCGCCGAGUGGCAGUACUCGCAGCGGGAACUCGAGGCGAUCGAGGUGUUCUACACGCGCACAUCGAGGGGCAACCGACUGGCCUGCAUGUUCGUGCGCUGCUCGGCCGCAGCCCGCUUCACAGUGCUCUUCAGCCACGGCAAUGCCAUCGACCUGGGACAGAUGAGCAGCUUCUACCUUGGUCUUGGUUCGCGCAUAAACUGCAACAUAUUCAGCUACGACUAUUCUGGCUACGGCGUGAGCACGGGCAAGCCGUCGGAGAAGAACCUCUACGCCGACAUCGACGCAGCCUGGCAGGCACUGCGAACCCGCUACGGCAUCAGCCCUGAGAACAUCAUCCUGUACGGCCAGAGCAUCGGCACGGUGCCCACCGUGGACCUGGCUUCGCGCUACGAGGUGGGCGCCGUCAUCCUCCACUCGCCUCUGAUGUCGGGCAUGCGCGUCGCCUUCCCCAACACCAAGCGGACGUGGUUCUUCGACGCCUUCCCCAGCAUCGAUAAGAUCUCCAAGGUCUCGUCGCCCGUGCUUGUCAUACACGGCACCGAGGAUGAAGUGAUCGACUUCUCGCACGGGCUCGCCAUGUACGAGCGCUGUCCGCGCGCCGUUGAGCCGCUCUGGGUCGAAGGUGCUGGACACAAUGACGUCGAACUAUACGGCCAGUACCUCGAGCGCCUAAAGCAGUUCGUCUCGGUAGAACUGCUCAACUGACCAGCCCCGAGGGGCCUCGAAGAGACCCCUGAACAGUAGCAGCAACUGCCACCAAUGUCAUGACGUACGAACCGUUUCGUGUGCACAACAAGACUCGCGUUGUUACUUACGAGCCCCCGUUGGGAACCUUCCCAGGGCUGUGUUAAUGCUUGUGUACAUAGUGGUUUUACAACUCGAUGCCUUGUCUGUCUUUUGUGCGAAGUGUACUGCUUUCCGCGGCCUUUUGCGACACCAAAGGCAGAAAAGGGUGCUAUGCCACUGGCCGUCACCUAAGCCUUGUUCUGGCUGUGCUGAUUGCAGUGACUGGUCUUGUGCAAAAUACUGGGGUAAGGCCAGCGCACGUUUUCCACGUGAUUGCAAUCGGUAGCCAAGCAGAACCCUGUGGUUUUGAUACAGUGCACUCUUGCUGGGCUGCCUAACAACAUGUCCAUGACACAUUUGCCUAGAUCAGGUGUUAGUGCAUUUGUCCCUGUUCGGGAAGCCCACUUUUUCUUGUAACAGAAAGUCUUAAUUAGAUCUCAACAAUUGUGCAGUGAGGACAUAAAUGUUGAUUUAAGAAGAGAAUGUCAGCAAUUGGCAUAGUCACUCAGUUUGGCAAAAAGGAUGAACCUCUGCAGUUGUUGAACCUGCAAGUACUCAGCCGCGUUAUCUUUUUCUGUGUAUAAAUGGGCAGGAGUUUCUUAGUAUUUGCACAUUGUUCAGUGUUUGCACUGUACAGCGUACACCACACUUACAGCAGUGUUUGGUGUGUGGCUAUGGCUGAUAUUUAGAUGCAGCUUAUUUUUAGACUAUCUUCGCCCAGUUGAUCGUAUUUUGAAAUGUCCAUACUGAAGCAUGUUCUGGGCAUGAGAAAAUUACGUUCUGGUAAUGGUUGUGCUUUCGUAGUAAUGGUGUCCUCAAAAAGAUAUAAACCAGUGAUGCACAACCAAACAAUCUUCUCUAAACUAUCCCACCAAUUUUUUUUACUGCGUGGGAGCACAGGUUGAAACGUUUGCACAAGUAAGUUUUUCUUGUCGAGCGGUUUUCCUCGGUGAUAUCCCUGUAAACCUCUGAAUGCGUCUCGCAGAGCAUUGUCCACUCUAGCUCCCUUUUGUAUGUCUGCACAGUUUUACGAGAGGCUGCUCAAGUGUAGGCUUCAUACACAUGCACUGUGCGUUAUUUCAGUAUUGAUGAACAAAUAGGAUUUCAUUCACCAGUUGUGAACAGACACGAGAGAAGUGCCACUAUGCUAGUGCCCUUUAAACCAGUCGUCUUUUUGUAAGCGUUCAGGCCUCACUCUUGCUUACCCUGUGCAAAGCACUAGUCCUUGUGCCCCCCGAACGGGAAUAGCAAUGUUCAUAUACAUGGCCACUCUUGGUAAAUGCCUUUCUUUUUCAUGUUGAGAGUCGUAUUUGUAAACAUUUUAAGUGUUUGAACUCGUGUUUCGCACAUUAUGCUGUUCACUCUACUCAUAGUGAAUGCAUGAGUAUUGGGAAUACCUUAGUGCACCCUGGAGUUCCGAGUCUUGUCUCUGCUGGCCAGUCUUGCCAAUGUAGCCAGCGUGUGAGGUCUUCACUGGGCUCAUUGUGAUAAUGAGCGGCUCUCCAGGAUGUGUCAAGUUGCUUUACCUUUUGUUGUUGUUUAUAUCUCGAUGGUUUACAGGUAGGAAUCUACAAACCCACCAGAGUGGGAGGCACAAAAUAAAGAUUUGUCUUUGUAUAUAAAA